GGGAGAGAGUGGCACAGGAAGAGAGAUUUGUGCGCAGGUGUACCGCUUCCGCGUGUGCGAGCUCGUGAGGUUGGAGCUGGAGGUCGAUGUUGCCUCUCUACUACACCAGAGGCUCCAGUGACUGAGGAGGAAGCAGGAGGGAGGGGAGUGAGUGAGGGAGGGAGGGAGAGAGGGAGUGGGAGGGAAGGGGAGCAGAGAGUGUGUGCAUGCAAUCUCUCUUCGGAAGCACAAGGCCCAAAGAGAGGACAGCUGAAAGUGAGACGAGCCGAGACGAGGGAGGGGGAGAAGAAUAGGGAUGGGUGAUCGCUCGAGAGGACCACGACGACGGGGAAGAAGGCCUUGAGUCCUUUGAUCAGUUGCAGGUGGCUUGGGAAAGUGUCGAGACCAGUUUUGCAGGGGAAUUGACUACAGUUUCCGAGAGCUUCUCUUUGGUCGACGAGCAUGGCGCAAAGUAACUGGGAAGCGGAUAAAAUGUUGGAUGUGUACAUUUACGACUAUCUUAUGAAAAGAAAUCUCCACAAUUCCGCAAAGGCCUUUCUGAACGAAGGAAAAGUGUCGUCUGAUCCAGUGGCAAUAGAUGCUCCUGGGGGGUUCCUGUUCGAGUGGUGGUCUGUGUUUUGGGACAUCUUCAUCGCUCGCACGAACGAGAAGCACUCAGAGGUCGCCGCCUCUUAUAUCGAGACUCAGCAACUGAAAGCUCGAGAGCAGCAGCAACAACAACAACAGCAGCAGCAACAACAACAACAGCAGCAGCAGCAACAACAACAACAGCAACAGCAGCAACAGCAACAACAGCAACAACAGCAGCAGCAGCAGCAGGCACAGCUUCAGCAGUUGCAGCAGCUUCAGAUGCUACAACGCCAUGCUGCGCAGCGGCAGAGGCAAGACAGCCACUUAGCGUUGAAUGGAACUGCCAAUGGAUUGGGAACUGAGGCGUUAUUACGUCAACCAGGCACAGCAAAUGCAAUGGCCACGAAGAUUUAUGAGGAGCGCCUUAAGCAUCCACACCAAAGAGAUACACUCGAUGAUGCAUCUAUGAAGAGACCUUUGCUGCACAAUGCUGCUGGUAGCACGCCUACAGCAUUGCAACAGGUUCAGUCUCGUUCUCAGCAGAUCUCUGGAAAUUCUCAGGAUAACAAAAACGACGUCAAUGUUCUAAAUCAGAGAUCUCCCGCUCCAGAUCCGAUGUUUGGAGUACCGGGAGUUGGACACAACAAACCUAGCCUUCUAAGUCCAGGAGUCAAUCAAGGUGGCAAUUCUUUACCUGUGAAAGGCUGGCCUUUGACGGGAAUUGACAAUUUAAGACCUCAAGGAUUGGUUCCGAGUCAGAAGUCAUACAUACAGGCUCCUCAACAAUACCACCAGUUCCAGCUGCUCACUCCACAACAACAGCAACAACUCUUACUUCAGGCGCAAAAUCAAACGUCUGGAUCUCCUUUGUUACAGGAUAUGGAUCACCGAAGGUUUAGAGUAUUGAUGGGCAGAAGUGCUUUGAAUUCCAAAGACGGUCACACAAACCCCGGGAGCGACGUAUCUCAAGGUGUCGGUUCUCCGAUGCAAGCCGCGUCCCCUGUACCCCGUGGUUCUAAUGACCAAGAGAUAUUGAUGAAGAUUGCGCAAAUGCAACAACAGGCUCAGCAACAACAGCAGCAGCAGCAGCAACCAAGUAAUCUUCAACAACAACAACAACAGCAGCAACAACAACAACCAGCUACUCCUCAGCAACAACAGCAGGAUAGAUUGGGUGGAGUCGGGGGAGUAGCCGUUGAUGGCAAUUCCUUUCGUGCCAAUGAUCAGGUAUAUGGGGCCAUCGAGCCAAGCCCGAGCACCAACAGUACAGGGACUGGAAAGAACUCGGCUAAGGGUCCAAACAAUGGGAGGAAGAGAAAGCAACAUCCGGCAUCUUCGUCUGGUCCCGCGAACAGCACUGGAACUGCAAAUACUGCAGGGCCGUCACCAAAUUCUGCUCCAUCGACACCAUCUACACACACACCCGGUGAUGUUAUGUCAUUAACUUUACAACACAGCAACAGUAUUUCAAAGCCCGGGUUGAUGAUGUACGCAUCAGAUGGAAAUGCACCUCUUGCAUCACCCUCAAAUCACUUGACUGACAUUGAUCGAUUCGGAGAAGAUGGUUCUUUAGACGACAAUGUCGAGUCCUUUUUAUCUCAUGAGGAGGCAGACCCAAGGGAGCCGCUCUUCGGGAGCAGUAAGCGAAGUCCAGCGGGUCAUAGCAUGGAUGUCAGCAAAGGCUUUUCAUUUAGCGAGGUUGGAUGUCUUCGUGCCAGCACAAGCAAAGUUGUGUGUACCCAUUUCUCUUCCGAUGGAAGAUUACUCGCUAGUGCGGGACAUGACAAAAAGGUGAACCUCUGGAAUAUGGACACAUUGAAGCUGAAAAGCACGCUGGAGGAGCACUCGCUUUUGAUAACAGACGUUAGAUUUAGUCCCAACUCUGCACGUUUGGCGACGUCAUCAUUUGACAAGACUGUGAGAGUGUGGGACGCCGACAAUCCAAGUUUUUCGAUGAGAUCUUUUCAAGGUCAUGCCACCUCUGUGAUGUCCCUCGACUUUCAUCCCAACAAUGAGGAUUUGUUGUGCUCUUGUGACGGAGAUAGUGAGAUUCGAUACUGGAGCAUCAAUCAAAACACCUGCACUAAGAUAUUCAAGGGUGGUAUGACUCAAAUGAGAUUUCAACCUCGAGUGGGAAGGUUGUUGGCUGCAGCGGCUGAAAAUGUCGUUUCCAUUUUUGACGUGGAGACGGAAACGUGCAUACACUCACUGCAGAGACACACCAAACCUGUACACUCUGUUUGCUGGGAUGCCACUGGUGAUUUCGUAGCAUCCGUCAGUGAGGACUCUGUCAGGGUGUGGGCCUUGGGGACUGGUAAUGAAGGGGACUGUGUUCACGAGCUCAGUUGUAAUGGGAACAAGUUCCACUCAUGUGUCUUCCAUCCGAAUUACCCGUCGCUGUUGGUGAUUGGUUGUUAUCAGUCUUUGGAGCUGUGGAACAUGGUGGAGAACAAAAGCAUGACCGUACCUGCCCAUGACGGACUGAUUGCUGCGUUAGCUCAGUCUCCAGCGACGGGCAUGGUUGCGUCUGCUAGUCAUGAUAAAUGCGUUAAGCUGUGGAAGUGAGGAACCGUGUAGUCAUGUGUUAUCGCUGUAACACAAAAGCAUAACUGUUACUUUCUCCCAGUUUUUGAGAACAAUAGCCCCACCACAUUUAGGCGUGGUGAUGUUCACUCUGUACUAUGGGGAGCAUGGAUUAGUGAAGAUCUGUAUCGACAGAAUCAUUAAAAAAACCAGGUUAUAUAUGGUAUCAAGAGGAGGACUUGUUGGAGCUGAAGGGGGUCGCGUUUGUGCUUGAAUGUCUACAACCGUCCCUAAUCCCUGUUAUCAGAAUGGGAUCUAAGUUACAUGUCCUCAUAGGUAGUACCCGCCGUAUUUAGAUCUCAAGGAGGAUACUCUAGUCAUUCACGUGGAGUUGUCACUCCGAAGAGGGACUCAGGAAAUAUCUCACUGUUAUGACUAGAGGGCAGAUAGGACGUGAACAGUACUGUAGUGAGGCGGUAAUGAUUGGUGUUACCUUGCAGCAGAGCAAAAGUCGUCAGAACCUUUCAGGUCAGGCUGGACUGAGUACUCAAGGCUUGCGGUCCACUUCACUUUAUUUACAUUUUUCACACGGCUGUAACCAGUUGAACUCUAAAGCCCAUCCUCUAAAUGGAGCGACUCUGUAGACUAAUAUGAGAAACAUUCUAGAGGCAGUGGCAGCUUAGUUAUUGAUGUUUUCUUUUGCUGCCCUCGCAUCAGGUUUGCUGCUCAUCCAGGCCCUUAUCUGAUGCUAAAUAUAGAUGCAUUGGCCUGGGUUGGAUAGUUGAAGCACUCUAGGUGCUUAAGUUGCUAUUUCCCGGUUUGGGUUCCAAAACGAAAACAAGAUUCAA